AUGACAUUUGUGUCGAGCUUUAUCGAGGAGGCUGGGCUCAUUGGAGCUGAUGGCCAGUCAAAGUUGAAAGAGCUGUCAAGGCAAUGUCGAGUUCCCCGAUUCCGGUGCCUCCCCGCAUUAUGGAAACCGUGGCAUUGCAUCAGAUCCUUGGCUGCCCACCCGAAGUGGUUCCAGCAUGCUUCGACACCGCUAAUUGCCUUGGUGGAUGCUGCUGCAAUUGUAGCACCUCAUGGCCAACUGAAUUCCCGCCGGCUCUUGUCGCAAUUGGCGAUACAUGGAUGUCCCCGCUUGAAAGGAAUACUGGUGCCAACAAUUUUCGCCAGAACAUUCAGCACCAAGUUGGCAAAUCUUCUCUGCACCGUGGAGGUCUCAUGA